AUGGUUCAACAGCAACUCGACCGUGUAGAUCCAAAAAUAUGGCAGGAGUGUGCUGACGAUUCCGUCCCUCUUCUGAAGUUGAAUUCCAAACUCUAUUAUUUCCCUCGAGGUCAUCUAGAACAUGCUUGCCAUAACUACCCUGCCACUCAAGCACUCUCGCUCAUUGAUCAUUGUCGUCCGUUCACUCUAUGCAUUAUUUCCGAUGUUGACCUCUAUGCAGAUUCUGAAACUGACGAACUUGUUGCAAAGCUACUAUUGACUCCCGUAACUAACGAUAGUGUUGUACCUUCCGAGGCCGGCGGUGAAGUUGACGGUGACCAGAUUCUUUCCUAUGCGAAGACUUUAACCCAAUCCGAUGCUAAUAAUGGCAGUGCAUUAUCCGUACUUGUCAAAUGCGCUAAAAUAAUCUUCCCACCACUUGACUACAACACUGAAUCUCCGUCUCAAGAUGUGUCAGUCACCGACUUUCAUGUCGUAGUCUGGAACUUUCGUCACGUGUACAGUGGGACACCCAAGCGACACCUAAUUACCACUUCACAAUAA